AUGUGUGUGCACAGUAAAUACAGAGAAGUACACAGGAUUGCCAAGCAGUAUUUUGGGCUCAACCAGGUGUCCUGCCAACAAAACCAGCAGAAGUGCCAGCUCCCUUCCAAGUGCCUCCCCAAAUAUCCACCCAAGCACCCCCCAAAGGCUCCUCAGGCCCUGGAUCCCUGCCCCCCUCCUGCCACCUCCUGCUGUGUCCCCAGCUGCUGUAUUUCUGGAUUUGGAAGCUGCUGCUCUCUGGUGUCCCACUGGUUUCUAAGUGUCUACCUAUGCCAGCCUCAGCCUUCCAACUGCUGUGAGGUGGAGCUUUCUGGAUGUUCCAGUUGCUGCCAUGGUUUUGGGGCUACAGCUGACCUGCAACCUUUGAGGAGCCAAAGAGCCACAGCCAAGGACCAGUCUGGAGUUGAUGUCACUUCUCACUCUCGGUUUUAUUUGUCCCUCUCCUCCUGA